AUGCAGCUCACCAACCUCGUCACCGUGGCGCUCGCCAGCCUCGCCACGGCGCUGCCGAACCCGCGCGUCGGCGUGCCCGCCAGCACAAACGCGACGCAGCUGUCGACGCUGCCCGUGCAGCCACUGAACGUGACGUCGCCGGCCGCACCCGUGCCCGCGACGCCCGAGCUCGCCGCCCGCAACACCAACACGACGCACAUCAAGCGGGGAGCGUUCGCGCCCUUCCAGCUCGCCAACGCCACGCACGGCGUCUUCGAGCGCGGCAGCCAGAUCGUCGAUGGCGCGGCCGCCCCCUCGGCCGGCUCCCCCGUCCGCCGCUCCGUCGCCCUGCCUACGGGCUUUGUUGCCCGUAGGGCCGCGCGCGCCGCCGCCGCGUUCGACGACCUCUUCAUGACCAAGCGCGGCGCGAACGUGUCGUCGGAGGCGCUGCUCGCGCGCGUCAGACGCAACACCCACACCCUCGCUAACGCCAACUUGACGGCGCCCGUCGCGCCUGUCUCGCCCCCGCCUUACAAGCGCUCGAAUGCCACGGAGCUGCCGUCCGUGGUUGUGAAGCGCAGCGGCAGCGGCAGCGGCAGCAACAGCACCGCUACGUUCCACGCAUGA